CCCAAAUCUCGCACUUCCUCUAGUGAUUAAAAAAUAAACGAAGGCAGAUCUUAGACGAAGGUCCUACUGAAGUUAAGCCGUAAUGCACAGGACGUUAUCAACAGUCGCACGUGGAACAGCGUUCGAAGAACGAUCACUCCAAUUGCUUCAAGACUAUUUCUCGAUGUCACUAAAACGCGUCGGUGGUAAAUCUGAUGGUGGUGUCGACUUACUGGGCUGGUGGUGGCUUCCCCUUACCUCAGAUUCCCAAUCUGCCCCAAUCACACCUCCCCAUAGACGCAUACGCGUCCUUGCGCAAUGUAAAGCAGAGAAGAAGAAAUUCUCACCAAACUACGUUCGCGAGAUGGAAGGCGUAUGGCAUAUGCAUACUCAAGCCCGAUCCCCUUCUGAUUCCUCCACACCCGUAUCUGAACUCGGUACAUUAGCCCUCCUUCUUUCGGAAUCGAAAUUCACCACCGCAACUCUCACCCGUGCACUCGGAUCCAGCGUCCCCUUUCUCCUCAUGCACCUCCCUCCCCCUCCGUCAAUUUCUUCGGAUUCACGCGUCGAAACCACGCUCGGAGAAGUUGGCUCUGCUUUCUGGAACCCCGCUCUUGGCGGUGCGCAAGGUCUUCUUCGCGGGGAACUUGAUGUUCGAUGGGAACGUGAUCCCGGAGGUGGUGGGCGGCCCGGGUUGUGGUGCCGUGACAAAAGAGUGCAAAACUGGACACCGGAUACGCUUGGGGAGUGUGUCAAUGCCCUUGAGGACAUUGCUUGAUAAGUGAUUCGUCUUUGGAUGACUCAACUCGCCACGCUACCAUUGUGUCUGGAUAUAUGUCGGGUCCCCGGGUUCAAGCGAACUCCAUAUCUUAGCGCUCGCCGCCGACUGAUUUGGUGCAAGUGGUGAUAUGUAAGACGGAACAAACCGAGCAAGGUGCCUGCAACUACAGCAUGCAAACCUGAGCAUUUAGCAGGUUCGUUAUCACCC